GAGCAUCGCAACAAAAAGCCAGCCAGCCAACCAAGACUCCGGUUUGUUGAUCGCCUUGUUUCUUUUUUUUUUUUUUUUUUUUUUUUUCACCGCUUGCGGGAUUCGCAAACCGCGUUACAUGCAUGUCCAGUGGGGGUAGGUUUAAUUUUGACGAUGGAGGGUCCUACUGCGGAGGCUGGGAGGACGGCAAGGCGCACGGCCAUGGCGUCUGCACCGGCCCGAAGGGCCAGGGCGAAUACACCGGCUCCUGGAGCCACGGCUUUGAGGUGCUGGGCGUCUACACCUGGCCCAGCGGCAACACGUACCAAGGCACCUGGGCGCAGGGCAAGCGCCACGGCAUCGGCCUGGAGAGCAAGGGGAAGUGGGUGUACAAGGGCGAGUGGACGCACGGAUUUAAGGGGCGCUACGGGGUGCGGGAGUGCACGGGCAACGGGGCCAAAUACGAAGGGACCUGGAGCAACGGACUGCAGGAUGGCUACGGCACGGAGACCUACUCGGAUGGAGGGACAUACCAGGGCCAAUGGGUUGGUGGCAUGCGCCAGGGCUACGGUGUGCGCCAGAGCGUCCCCUAUGGCAUGGCCGCGGUCAUCCGCUCGCCCCUGAGGACGUCCAUCAACUCCCUGCGUAGCGAGCACACCAACGGCGCAGCGCUGCACCCAGACGCCUCCCCGGCAGUGGCCGGCAGCCCGGCCGUGGCCCGCGGCGGCUUCGUGCUGGUGGCCCACAGUGACUCCGAGAUCCUGAAGAGCAAGAAGAAGGGACUGUUCCGGCGCUCGCUGCUGAGCGGCCUGAAGCUGCGCAAAUCCGAGUCGAAGAGCAGCCUGGCCAGCCAGCGCAGCAAGCAGAGCUCCUUCCGCAGCGAGGCGGGCAUGAGCACGGUGAGCUCCACGGCCAGCGACAUCCACUCCACCAUCAGCCUGGGUGAGGCCGAGGCCGAGCUGGCCGUCAUCGAGGAUGACAUCGAUGCCACCACCACCGAGACCUACGUGGGCGAGUGGAAGAACGACAAGCGCUCGGGCUUCGGCGUGAGCCAGCGCUCCGACGGGCUCAAGUACGAGGGCGAGUGGGUCGGCAACCGGCGGCACGGCUACGGGUGCAUGACCUUCCCCGAUGGCACCAAGGAGGAGGGGAAAUACAAGCAGAACGUGCUCGUGAGUGGCAAGCGGAAGAACCUCAUCCCCCUGCGCGCCAGCAAGAUCCGGGAGAAGGUGGACCGGGCUGUGGAGGCGGCCGAGGGGGCGGCCACCAUCGCCAAGCAGAAGGCCGAGAUCGCUGCAUCCAGGACCUCCCACUCACGGGCCAAGGCUGAGGCAGCACUCACAGCUGCUCAAAAAGCCCAGGAGGAAGCACGGAUCGCCAGGAUCACUGCCAAAGAGUUCUCGCCUUCCUUCCAGCACAGGGAAAACGGGCUUGAGUACCAGAGGCCAAAGCACCAGAUGUCCUGCGAUGACAUCGAGGUGCUCUCCACCGGGACCCCCCUGCAGCAGGAGAGCCCCGAGCUGUACCGCAAGGGCACUACCCCUUCUGAUCUGACCCCCGACGACAGCCCCCUGCAGAGCUUCCCCGCCAGCCCCGCGGCUACUCCUCCACCAGCUCCUGCCUCCAGGAACAAGAUGGCGCACUUCUCCAGGCAGGUCUCAGUGGAUGAGGAGCGAAGUGGGGACAUCCAGAUGCUCCUCGAGGGCCGCGGAGGGGACUAUGCCCGCAACAGCUGGGGCGAGGAGAAGGCGGGGGCCUCUAGGGGUAUCCGCAGUGGUGCCCUGCGCAGCGGCCAGCCCACUGAGGACUUCCGCACCCGGGGUUCGGGCCACAAGCAGCCCGGGAACCCCAAGCCCCGGGAGCGGCGGACGGAGUCCCCCAGCACGUUCUCGUGGACUUCUCACCACCGGGCAGGCAAUCCCUGUUCCGGGGGCCACAAGCUGCCAGAGCCAGAUGAGGAGCAGCUGAGCAACUACAAGCUGGAGAUGAAGCCCUUACUAAGGAUGGAUGCCUGUCCACAGGAUACGCACCCUCAGAGACGGCGUCCCAGUCGGGGUGCUGGGGGAGACCGGCGCUCUGAGGACCGGGGCUUCGGGCUGCAGAGACUGAGGUCCAAGUCCCAGAACAAGGAGAACCUCAGGCCGGCCUCCUCUGCAGAGCCCACGGUGCAGAAACUGGAGAGCCUGCGGCUGGGGGACCGGCCCGAGCCCCGUCUGCUGCGCUGGGACUUGACCUUUUCCCCACCCCAGAAGUCCCUGCCUGUUGCACUCGAGUCUGAUGAGGAAACUGGGGAUGAGCUCAAGUCCAGCACGGGCUCCGCUCCCAUCUUGGUCGUCAUGGUGAUCCUGCUCAACAUCGGAGUGGCCAUUUUGUUUAUUAACUUUUUCAUCUGAUGAGAUUGUUGUGACCACGGAAGCAAUGAUGUACAAAAGGGACAUUAAAAGCAAAACAAAAAGGGAAAUUCUGACUUGGACAGCCCCAUGACUCCUGUCUUUCCACAGAACAACAUGAUUGGGUAUCACUCACAGUUUGCCUUUUUUUCUGGGUAAUGUUUUUUUGGAUUUUAGCCAAAAUUCUUUGCUUGUAUAACAGGAUGCUGUGCAGCAUGGCAGGAGGAGGCCGGCAUGCCAC